AAAAAACAUGGCCUCAAAGACUUUUCCGAAUUAAAACAAGUCUUUAUAAUUUCAAACAAUCCAAACAAUCUGAUUGUAGUUCUUUAUCCAACUUGCUAAACAGAUCAAGAGAAAAACUAACACCGCAACAAAUGAAUUGCGUCUACAAAAGAACCAUGUUUUUCGGCUUUUCGUAUAAGUAUGAUGACACUUGUUUACCAGAUGCAACCUUGAGUAUACCUUAUUUCAGCACACUUCAUCUCCGGUAGAUACUCGACAUACUAGACCUCGAAAACACAAAAUGAUUACAAAAAGGGUAAAGACUUCUUCAUCAGGUAAGGGAGAGCGCUCGUCCUGGAGAAGUCGACUUUUUGAAUCAAACUCACCCGUAAGUGUGGCGAACAAAUUCAACUUCUUUGGACAGGCCAAUAUCGAGCAACCCAGCAGCGCAGAGCAACCCAAUAUCGAUCCAAACAUGAUGGAAAUAGAUACCGAGAUGGUAGCACCCAAUACGGAAGCACCCGUCUUCCCGCUGUGCCAGCAGGUGGUAUGUCCCGAGAUUGAGAUGACCGACUAUGAUCCCACCCAGGUAACCCAGGAAACCCAGGAGAACAACCAGAACUUCCGGGAGGAUGUAGAAAUGGCCGACGCGUCGUCUCUCUUUCCCACGGAAAUUGUGGACGUAUUCGCAGCACCAAAGACAGCACCGAGACAGCAAGUUCCAGCAACCGACAAACCGAAUUUUAAAUGGCAGGACGCUAACCCGACAAAUCCCGACAGAGCGCCGCCAGCUAAGACUCGAGUUGACCCUCCUUCGAGUUUCGAGCUCUCGAUCAUUGAGUUGAUAAAGAGUAAAAAGAUUUACUCGGUCUCUUACGAGAAGGGCAAGUUAGAGGUAAAUCUUGAGUAACGUGGCGUGGCAUGGCUCACGUAGUUGUUGUCAUUGUCACUUCAUACCGGAUCUGAGGAUAAUGGAGAUGACAAGUUCGUAAGUACUUAUAUAUAUGUAAGUGGACAGUUGAAACAUUUAACUAGCAAUGCUUUUAGUUGUUUGCCUAGGUAGUAUAAGUAUAGGAACGUAGGUAGGUGUCUAUACGCAGUUUGUUUCUGAGAAUAUUAUAUUACCUUAGGUACCUAAGAGGUAAUCAGC